AUGAUCUGCCCCACUUCAGACCUUUGUGUCGGCGGUUGCAAUUUACAAGCCAGCGAAGAAGGACCUAUCAACAUAGGAGGUCUUCAGCAAUUCGCUUGUGAGGUCUUCAAAAAGAUGAACAUUGGGCAGAUCGUUUCCAAAGAAGUUCGAGAGAAAAGAAACAAGUCCCAUUCAUCACCUAUUGCUCUUAUAGGAUGCGGUCCGGCUUCAAUAUCAUGCGCGUCGUUUUUGGCUAGACUUGGAUACACAGAUGUCACAAUUUAUGAAAAGCAGAAGUACAUCGGAGGAUUGAGUACAGCAGAGAUACCUCAAUUCCGUUUACCUUAUUCGGUAGUCGAUUUUGAAAUACAGUUGGCACGAGAUAUCGGAGUGAAAAUCGAAACUGGUCGUGCUCUUCACAAGUCUGAUAUUACUAUCGAAAAGUUGAAGGCUUCGGGAGUGAAAGCGGUGUUCAUUGGUAUUGGGAUGUGCGGAUGCUCGAAAAAACCUCUUCCUCUCCUGAAAGGGCGUGUUAUUGUACUCGGAGCGGGAGAUACGGCUUUCGACUGUGCUACAUCGGCUCUUCGAUGUGGUGCUUCUAGAGUAACAGUGGUAUUUCGCAAAGGAUUUACUGGUAUUCGUGCCGUACCUGAAGAGAUGGAAGCGGCUCGAGAGGAACGGUGUGAGUUCAUGCCUUACUGCUCUCCAAAGGCCGUGAACAUGAAGAACGGUCGCAUUGAGUCUAUACAAUUCGUUAAGACUGAGCAGCAUCUAGACGGAACAUGGUAUGAAGAUGAGGAACAGCAACUGACUCUCAAGGCUGAUUACAUUAUCUCUGCAUUCGGCUCGACACUUCAUGAUCCGGAUGGCUAG